AUGUCCAGUGUUUCCUUAAACAGCUCCAGAAACAGUGACUCCACCGCCUCCCUGGGCAGCCCCUUGCAGAGCUUGACGGCGGCGGAAUCUUAUGGCUGGCAACUGCUGCCCCAGUUGUACACUCUCUGCAAGGAGCAGCACUUCUGUGACUGCACUAUCUUCAUUGGGAAUGUGCAUUUUAGAGUGCACAAGGUGGUUUUAGUUCCUGCCAGCCUGCUGUGUAAAUCCAUGUUGGACAGCACAGACACCAUCUCCAUUGAUGCUUCUGUGGUAAAAUCUGAGAAGUUUCCAGUCUUACUUGAGAUUAUGUACAGUGGCAAACUCCCACUGGGGAAACACAAUUUCAUGAAAGAAAAUUUCACAGCGAUAACUGUGGCAGGUAGUCUGCAGAUGUUUGAUGUGGCUGUUCGUUGCAAAAACCUCCUCAGGGAUCUUAUAAGUUGUUCUGCUCAGGACCAGGUAGCGAAAGGAGUCUCCAGCCAGGAAGCAGAUUCAUCUGGAAACCAAGCUGCAGCUAAUUACCUGCCCCAGUCUGGAAGACCUGAUGAAGAAAAAACAUUUAUCAUCCUCACUCAGAGAGUUUCUCCUUUCCCUAUAGAAGCAGAAAUGGAAGAAAGUGUUUCUCCUCCUGGCCAGGAACUUACCGUGAGUCAUACCUGGGUUCAUCAGGACACAAUGUCGAGUGACUCCAGGUCCCUCCAGGAGGAUUCAGGCUCUGGCCCUGACCAGCCUGCCCAUGCUGAGUAGAGUGGCUGUAUGGAUGAGGAGCUUGCUGAGCUGCCAGAGGGGAAAGGGCAAUCAAGGGACUUAGCAGCAGAGAGCAAAAGCUAUAAAAUGGAUUUCUUUGCUUAAUCUGAAAAUGUUUUCUCUGAGGCUCUUUCUGAUGCCCAGGUUGUGCUGAAAAGACUUGAAGAGUGCAGAGAAAUCUUCAAAAGGAGGUAGGGUAUGGCUGCCUGUCUGGCCAAGGCAGAGGAACAUUCAGUGUUCAAGAAGCUUCUGGGCAAAGUUAAGGAUGCUCACACCCAGGAUAGUGACACUCAGGAUGCUUGGCCCCUGGACACUCAGACCCUCGUGUCUUUUCUGAAGCUGUUUCAAGACACGAAUCCUGAGCUGAGAGCGGCUUUGCCAGAGAGGGAGCAGGGCAGUGGAGGAGCCUGACAGCAAGCAGAUAGGAAAUUGGGUGCCACUCUGCGCUCGCUGUGCUGCAGGGAGGAGCUGAUCCAGAGUGUGACACAGCUGAGCCCCGUCACAGAGUUGGAGGCAGCAGAAGAGGGAUUCCUUACUGCCUCAGAAAAGCGGGUGGCUUUGGAUUGCUGUGGAGGCAGCUCUCAGAGGGAGGCCAUGGACAAUCUGCUCAGGAAGGUAGAUGAAGAGAAAACCCUGAAAGUGCAAGCUUCUGGGGGCUGUGAAAGCAUCCUUCCUGGACUCCAGCUUAUGCUGGACAACUUGGUGGCAAGAACAAACAUCUCUGAUGGUAAAGGCAAACGGAGCCCAGAGGAUUUUAGGGCCAAACUAUUGUGACAAUACUGAGACAACUUUAUGGAGCUCCUGACAGACACUCAGGUGCUGCUGCUGGGCAUCUCUGCUGCAUGGAGCCUGGCUCCUGUGGAGAGAGAGAUGAACAGGCUCCUGGACUUGUUGUGGGCAGGAGGUGGUGGUUUCGCCUUCCUUGUGUUGGCAGUGCAGGAGCAGCAGUCCUUGUCUGUCUCUGCUGUUUGGCAGCUGCUAAUGGCUGUGCAGGAAUCUGCAUCCCUGAAACUGUUAAUGAAGGAUAUCUCGAAACAACCCAGCUCAGAAUUUUUCUUCCUCACAAUGGCCAUCAGUGAGAGCACAGCCAUUGAAAUCAUCCUGUGCAUGGCAAGCUGAUCUUCAGCCAUCCAGCAAAGAGAGGACCUGAAGGGCUUGGAUUUGGGGGAGGCAGGGCUCAGAGAAGCAGUGAAAGAGAUUGAGAUCCUGGGUCUCUUGAUUGAGGGAAGAGGGCAGAAACCUGGGAUCAGGAGAUGGAAGGUGAACAAUGAAUCCCUUGAAGUUCUGGACAAAGAUAAGGACAAGGAAGGAGGUGCCAGUGCCAAAGAAGCAAAGGAAUCCCAAGACAAAGCUUCUUCCAAGCAGAGUUUUGUCUGCAAAGCCUGUGAUAAGGUCUUUCACUUCUACUGCCACCCAAAGGUGCACAUGAAAUGCCAUCAGGUCGCCAGAGGAAAGCAGAUCCAGCUUAAAGAGUGUGGCGAGGUCAAAUUGACAAAGAAUGAGCUGGAGAAGCAUCAGCUGGAGGUCCACAGGAUGGUGGGGAUGGCCAAGAAGAAAAAGAAGAGACUCCCCAUGGCAUGUGACAUUGGAAGAGAGUUUGCUCAUGCCUCAGAUAGGGAUCAGUUGUCAGGGCUAUGUUAUCACAACAGGACUCACCACCCUGAUGUCUUUGCAGCUCAGAAUCACUACUUCUCCAAGUUCUCCUCCCUGCGGUACAGCUGCUGUGACAAAACCUUCACCAGCACUGCUGCUCACCAAAAACACGUCAAGGCAGAGCACACAGAUGUGAAGUUCCGUGAGUGUGAGUCAUGCAUGGAGCUGUUCCCCACACUGGCUCUCCUGCAGGUUCACAUGAAGUGCAGGCACUCUGGGGCCCUGCAGGGCCACGUCACCAGCCAGCACUUCACACAGAUAGACAGCACUUUCAUUGAUGAGCUCUUUCCCUCCCAGAGCAAGCUGGAGGGGUACCUCAGCACUGAGCAUCCCAAGGUGGCCUUCUCCCAAGCCACCACUGCCUACAUUGUGCAGAUAAGGACUACAUCGGAGCAAGGAGCAGCAGAACACAUAAUCUCUUUUGAUGAUGCCAAACUUGUGACGUUGCCCAAAUUCCAAGUGAGCCAAACUGGCUCUGAGGUGGUGGCAGUAACUAAGGAGAAGUUGUUUGAUGAAAUCACUCUGAUGUGUGAAGAAAUCAAGUGA